AUGCGCCUCGCUCUAUGCCUCGACGAUAAGGCAUUUCCUCAAAACCUGCUUAUCGUGGGCACUCCUGGUUUGUCUGUCAGACGUGAAUCCGGAGACGGCGGUCCAACUGCGCCACUCGGUUAUCUCUGGCAUGUCCGGAUCAAGCAAGUGAGUCACGUCACGGCUGUUCAUUAUGAGCCAUCAUCCCUAAAGUACCUACUACAGCCCGUGCCCAGCUACGCUUCAGCCUAG